AUGCAAAACAUGGGAGAAAUUGGAAGAAUUAAAAGAAAAGGUUUGCUUGCACAUGCCAAAACAAGAAAGCACGGAGAAAAAAUUAGAAAAAGUGCCAAAUCAAAUGAAAAAUUGCCAUUUGAGCCAGUAAUAGGAACAGAAACAAAAAUUGCAGAAUUAAAAUUGAGUGCCUUUGUUGCUGAGCAUAGCAAUAUUAACACUGUAAAUAAUCUGACUGAACUACUACCUAAAAUUGAUGAGAAGCCUAAAAUUAUUGGAGAAUUGAAACUUCUCCGCACUAAAUGUUCGAUGCAGUUAAAAAAUGUUAUUGGGCCAUCAGUCAUAGAGGAAUUGAUUCAGGAUAUGGAUAACAGUCCGUUUUCUGUAAUAAUAGAUGAAUCAACUGACAUUUCUACAAUCAAGAUUUUGUGCAUCAUGGUGAAAUAUUUCUCCAGAAUGAAGAAAAAAAACCUAAUUUUAUCACAACCUAUUAUCGCCUCAUUCAAUUGGAAAAUUUUGAGAGAUGAUGUUUCAAGCUUGGUUGUAAUAAGAUGUGUUUGUCAUUCACUUCAUCUAUGUGCAGAAAAAGCAUGUCAAACUUUACCAAGACAGUUGGAAUGUCUUGUCCGAGAGGCUCACAAUUGGUUUUCCUAUAGUUCAACACGGAAAAUUCAAUAUGAAAGUCUGUUUGCUGCCAUGAAUGAAAAUUCAAAACCUAAGAAAAUAUCUAAACUCAGUGGAACAAGGUGGCUACGAAGCUAUCAAGACCAUUGCAGAUCGGUGGGAGGAAUUACUUUUAUUGUUUGGAUUAGCAAAGGAACAAGAUAG